AUGGUGAACCCUGCAGUUGCUCGUAACGUCGUCGGCAUAAUAGGCAAUGUUAUCUCCUUCGGUUUGUUCUUUUCACCGGCUCCAACUUUCUAUGGAAUCGUAAAGAAGAAGAGUGUUGAGGAGUUCAAGCCUGAUCCGUACAUAGCAACGGUGCUGAACUGUGCGUUCUGGGUGUUCUAUGGAAUGCCUUUUGUGCAUCCAAACACCAUUUUAGUUCUCACCAUCAACAGUGUUGGACUUGUUUUUGAGUUUUUCUAUCUUACUAUAUAUUAUAUCUAUGCAACCAACAAAGGACGGAAGAAGGUAUUAAUUUUUCUUCUCAUCGAGGCUAUUUUCUUUGCUGUGGUUGCUCUCAUAACAAUGCUGGCACUGCAUAGCACUAAAAAAAGAUCGUUAGUGGUGGGUAUUCUCGCUGAUGUCUUCAAUGUUAUGAUGUAUGUUUCUCCUCUUACAGUUAUGGCAAAGGUCAUAAAAACCAAGAGCGUGAAAUACAUGCCAUUCUGGCUCUCUGUGGCUAACUUCCUUAAUGGUGCGUGUUGGACAACUUAUGCUCUUAUCCACCCCUUUGACCUUUAUGUCCUGAUCAGCAAUGGUAUUGGAGCACUCUCUGGACUUGUUCAGCUCGCAUUAUAUGCUUGCUACAGUUCCUACAAGAGUGAAAAAGAUGACGAUGUUGAUCAUGAUUUGAAACCAAAUGGGGUUCAGCUCUCCAACAUAAAUGGAACAGUGGCAGUGUGA